AUGUCGACAUUGACGAAAAUUUUUGUGGCUGUUAUAGUUGUAGCUUCUCUACCGCAGUCAUCAGCAUUCAGCAUUCGAGAGCUGAUACGAGGAGGAAAACGAGGCGGCGAUUCGUCGACCCCCUGCCCAACCUGGCAUCCGUUUGAAUGUCCGUCCGGUGAAUGUGUACCGAUCAAGUAUCUAUGCGAUGGUUCUCCUGAUUGCUCGGAUGAAUACGAUGAAAACAAAAGCAUGUGCACUGUGUUUGGUCCAAAAGCCAAAGAUGAACUGGUUGGUAUGGGUGGAGUGGACAAGGUCGCCGUAGCGCUAUCACAAAUCCCAACAGCAGACUUGUUUGGUAUUGACAUGAAGCUAUCAGAUGAGGAAACUGAGCAUAUGAUUGCUGUACUGGAAGGCAUUCUGAACGGAUCCACUGAUGAACUCACCUCCAACGAGGCCGCUGAUUUCCGCUUUUUCGUGCAAAAGUUACAGGUAACGAGAGAUUUUUUGACCUUUAAGCACUGCUAA